AUGAAAGGCACUGCAACUUCUUGUACUGUUGUUGGCACUCUCAUCAUUACCAUUAUGUUCGCGGCAGUAUUUACCAUUCUUGGUGGUAAGAGGAAAGAUACAGGCUUGCCAAUCUUCAUGCAUGACAAACUAUUUCAACUCUUUAUAGUUGCUUAUUCUCUCUCGCUAUUUUCUUCUUCUACUUCAGUAUUGAUGUUUUUAGGAAUCCUCACAUCGCGUUAUGCAGAAGAAGACUUUCUUAUAUCCUUGCCCAAAAAGAUGAUUAUAGGCCUUUUUGCUCUCUUCUUCUCUAUUGCAACUAUGAUCAUAGCCUUUUCUACUGCUCUUUUACUCGUGUUAAGUGGAAAAUAUUGGAUUGUUGUUCCUAUCAUUGGAUUGGCUGGUGUUCCCAUCAUUGUAUUUGUAUUGAUGCAAUUUCGCCUUCUUAUUGACAUGCUUGGUUCAACCUAUGGAUCAAGCAUCUUUGAUAGGAAAAUGAAGCUUUGA